AUGCAUGACCUCCUGCGAUCUCUAGCUCAGCAUGUAGCAGGGGAUGAGUGCUUUGUCGGCGAUGCACGAGCAUUUGAAAACAAGAUCAAGUCCUCCUCUUCAUCGAUAAAACUACGCCAUUUAUCAAUUGUAGAUGGAAACUUAGAAACCAUACCCGACUUGAUAAUGAAACAGACAUCCUUGAGGACUCUAUCAUUCUUCCAUACCCCACUUAUUCACAAUCUUCCAGAAGAUCUCUUUAGAAAGCUGAGGAGUUUAAGGGGGCUGAAUUUAAGUGAAACAACCAUUGCCAAUCUCCCAACUUCCUUGGGAGAUCUUGUGCACCUUAGACGUCUUGAUCUCUCUCAUACAAAAAUAAGAGAGAUACCGGAGAGUAUAGAGAAUCUUAGAAACCUUCUAUUCCUGAUGCUCGAGGAUUGCAAAUAUUUGCGCAACCUUCCUAAUGGUGUCAUGGGGUUAAUCAAUCUAAGGAUUCUAGACGUCUGGGGUGCACCACUUGAUGGUCUGCCUGUGGGAAUAGGGAGACUAAAACAACUACGUUCACUUCGGGGAUUUGUAGCAAAUGGUUGCACCUUGGAAGAGUUGAAAUCCCUCUCCCAGCUCAGGUAUAUUAGCAUGGUCAAAUUGGAGAGGGUAUCAGACAGGGCUAAAGCAAAAGCCGCUGCACUUCAAGCCAAGCCCCAUCUUGUCUACCUAUAUUUGUAUUGCACGCUACCGAGCAGCUCUUCUGAUGUGCAGCUGCCUCAUGCCAAUGAUUAUGAGGAGGAAGAUAUCAACAGAAUUAGGGAGGUAUUCGAGGAGCUCCGCCCACCGCCAUGCAUUGAAGUGCUUCUAAUCGAUGGCUACUUUGGCCUUGAGUUUCCCAACUGGAUGAUGACACCCUCCUCGUCAUCGUUCCGCAACCUGCGAAGGCUAGAUCUGACGAAUUGUGCUCUAUGCCGGCAACUUCCACGCUUGGGUAUGCUGCCACAACUAGAUUGCCUCUGGAUUUCAGGUGCUUCUGAAGUCACGAGCAUCGGGCCUGAAUUCUUGUUGCUGGCGGACUCUUGCUUCUCUCCCUGCUUCCCCAAACUAGAGACACUUGGAUUUAGAAACAUGACUAAUUGGGAAAAAUGGUGGUGGCGGUGGGAGGAUGAGGACAACCAGACGACAUCGUUGCUACCUUCUCUUAACAAAUUGAUCAUUGAUAUGUGUCCAAAGUUGAGGUCUCUUCCGGAGAGCCUCCUCUGCUAUGCCACCGCACUGAAGGAGUUACGAAUUAGAAGUGCCCACAGCUUGAGAGAAAUACAAAACCUUCCCUCUCUUACAGAAUUGAUCUUGGUCCACAGCUCAAGGUUGGUGAGUGUGUCCAACUUUCCUGUACUCAAACACUUAGGUGUUUAUGCUUGUGAGGGAUUGAAGGUUGUGGAGGGUGUGGAUGCCGUGGAGCACAUACAGCUCGAUGAUCGAGAAGUAGAGUCUCUUCCAGAGUGGUUAACGGGUGCUGGUGAAGAACAACCGCGCUUGCCUUCCCUCCACAAGUUGACUCUCAAAAACAAAAUUUGUCACCGAGAGCUGCCUGAUUGGCCUCUGAUCCGAUAA